GCCAGACAUCGUAAAUUAGUGUUAUCUACAACGGUUACACCAUCAGGUGUAAAUAAAUAAAAUAUUUGUUGUUGUCUUCUAGACACGUGUGUACCGAUAUUAUUUCUUCAUGUCGUGUUAUUUUAGUGCAAUACGCUCCGCCCCUACGAUGACGUAGCCCAGCCCGCGAGCCAGUGAGUCGGCUCUAAGCGCCGCCCACCACGCCCUAAUGUGCCGCCCCCUUUCAAAUGCGCCGCCCUUCGGACCGUCGAGCCACCCCCGCAAUUGCUGAUGGCCGCCCACGUUGCUGCCCGUCCGCGGCCGUGUGCCGCCCUCGGGCCGGCCAUGUUGUUAGUGCUCGCGCUCGCCGCUUGUGGCGCUUCUGUCGACGGAGAAGAGGAAUCGAUGGUGGCGGGGAACGCUUAUGCGCAAUCGUCGCACGCUCUUAACGGAAUCUGCAAGAGCACGGACAUCCGCAACUCAGUCCGCGACCUUGAGAUUCUCAGGGACUGUGAGGUUAUCGAAGGCUUCCUCUCCAUCCUGCUCUUCGACAACGUCAACGAGACCGAACUGAUGAAACUCCAGUUCCCGAAACUCACCGAGAUCACAGACUACUUCCUGUUGUACCGCGUCAACGGUCUUCGCAGCGUCGGUCAGCUAUUUCCUAAUCUGUCGGUGAUCAGAGGUCAAGCCUUGUUCGAAGACGUGUACGCUUUCGUGGUGUUCGAGAUGACCUCACUGCAGGAGAUCGGCCUUCACUCCCUCACAGAUAUCAUGCGCGGAAACGUCUACAUCGAUAAAAAUCCAUCGCUGUGUUUCGUUCAUACAGUAGAUUGGGAUAGGAUUAUCCAUGAUCAAAGGGGCAAGAACUUGAUCAAGAGCUUGAAACCGGAGAACGAGUGCCCGAUUUGUUCAAGUGAUGAACUGGUGGGAGAUGUAUUGAAUGCGGUGUGUCCCAGGUCGGCUGCUGUGGGUCUUGAUAAGGAGAGGUCGCGGGAUAGGCAUCUCUGUUGGAACAGGCAUCAUCUGCAAAAGAUAUUCAGGUCGAACUGUACAGCGUGUGAUAACAACGGAAAGUGCUGUAGUUCAGAAUGUCUGGGAGGAUGCAGUAGUUAUAAUAGAAGUCAGUGCACUGUGUGCAGGCACCUAACGUUGCUAUUCGACGAUAGGAAAGAGUGUGUGAAGGAGUGCCCUGCAAAUUAUUAUAAGUAUUUGGAUCGCCGCUGUGUCACUAAGGAGGAAUGUAUAGGUAUGAAAAAGCCAAUUGACUACCAACCGGUAAACAAUGAGGGCGAGCAUCCGUAUAAAGUUUUCAAUAACUCGUGUCUCCUUCACUGCCCAGUCAAUCACAAAAGUGAUGGCUACACUUGCGUACCAUGUGACGGACGAUGUGAAAAAUACUGCGAUGGUAUUAAUAUAGACAGUAUUACAAUAGCAAAGCAAUUAAGAGGCUGUACUCAUAUAAGAGGUUCCUUAGAAAUUCAAAUAAGAAGAGGAACGAACGUUGUGGCAGAGCUUGAGGAAAGCCUCAGUAUGAUCGAAGAGAUAGAAGGCUACCUCAAAAUCGUACGAUCCUUCUCGUUAGUCUCGUUAAACUUCCUGAAAAGUCUCAAAAGGAUAAGGGGCAACUUCUUGGAUAACCAAAAAUACGUGCUCAUCAUACUGGAUAAUCAAAACUUGCAAGAACUCUGGGACUGGUCGAAAAAUAGAACGCUCGUUAUAGAAAGAGGAAAACUGUUCUUCCAUUUCAAUCCGAAAUUGUGCUUCAACAAAAUUCUGCAGUUGAAGGAAAUAGCUCGUUUGGAGGACUUCACCGACCUAGAGGUCGCUCCAAAUUCAAAUGGAGACAAGAUAGCUUGUGACGUAAAACCCUUACAUGUUAACAUAAGCAAAAUAGGAACAAGAUCAGUUACUUUAGAAUGGAAGCAAUUUCAAAUGAGAGAUGAUCAAAGAAAAUUGUUAGGAUAUAUCGUUUAUCUCAUCGAGGCACCAUACAGAAAUGUAACCAUUUACGAUGGAAGGGACGCCUGCGGUCAAGACGAUUGGCGCGUAUACGACGUUGCCGUUCAAGAAACUGAUCAAACUGUUACCCAACUCUUGCCAAAUUUGAAGCCUUACCGUCAAUAUGCCUUCUUUGUGAAAACCUACACCAUUGCCAGUGAAAAGACCGGGGCUCAAAGUGAUAUUAUGUAUUUUAUGACGUUGCCUUCAACUCCUUCGUCCCCACAAAAUCUCCAAGUGUACAGUAAUGCAAGUGAUUCACUUAUAAUUAGGUGGUCACCGCCACUCGAACCUAAUGGAAACGUCACACACUAUAUUGUAGCAGGUAAAAAGCACAACGACGAGUACAUGUUGAGAGAUAGGGACUAUUGUAAAGACCCACCGGUAUUAGUGUCCGAGGAGAAGAGACAACCACAAAUACACACGACGCCGCCACCCAAGAACGAGAGUUGUCACUGUGAGGGAGGAAAAAGUUCCAACAGAGUUAUUGACGCGGAUGAAGGAGAAGCUAGAAUAAAGUUCGAGGAUUUGUUGCAUAAUCUAGUAUACCAGAAAAGGCCUCCUUCGAAUUCAACCGAAAGCCGCAAAAAGCGCGAAACAACCGAGUUCCCGUACUCGAACGAGCUGCAAAACGUAACCAAAUCGCCGAAUGACCUCGAUUAUCCUGUCAACCCAGACCUCAAGAAUACAGUACAAAACGCCACCGAAAAUGGCACGGACAUUUGGGAGUCGUUCAACUUCACGGUAUACGGAGAAACGGAGUUCUUCGUCAACAGAUUGCAUCACUACACCCUGUACGAAGUUAGCGUACAAGCGUGUCGAGAUAAGCAAGGUGAUGACGAUGUUGAGAAUCCGUGCAGUGCCAGGAACAUUAAAACUGACAGGACGAGGAGUAAACCUGGUGCUGAUAAUAUUACCAAGGUUAAGAUAAGUAACAGAAGCUUAGAUGAAGUGACAUUAACAUGGGAGGAGCCGGAGGACCCGAAUGGAGUUAUAUAUCGGUAUUCUAUAGAAUACCAAAGGGUAGAUCUAGAAAACCAACCAAAACUAGGAUUGUGCGUAAACGCAAGAAACUACUCGAUGGCCAAAUCCUUUACAGUAUCAAAACUGUCUCCCGGUAAUUACAGUAUUCGCAUAAUGGCCACGUCAUCUGCAAGAAAUGGCGACUACUCAGAGCGUAUCUAUUUCGUUAUUGAGGAACCCUCGACGAAUACUCUGUCUGUCGUCCUGAUUAUUCUGUUCAUAUUUAUUGCUUUCUCAGUCGUUUUCGGCUGGCUCUACCGGAAACACCUAAAAGAAAAAGAGAACAUGAGACUUAUUCAAUCCGUAAAUCCCGAAUAUGUUCCAACGAUUUACGUUCCUGACGAUUGGGAGGUGCAAAGGAAGAAGAUUGAGUUGAUCAAGGAAUUGGGUCAGGGAAGUUUCGGUAUGGUGUGGGAAGGACUUGCCAGGGAUAUCCGGGGGAAAACUGAGAUUAGAUGUGCCAUUAAAACGGUUAAUGAGCAUGCUACAAAUAGGGAAAGGCUAGAAUUUCUGAACGAGGCUUCCGUGAUGAAAGCCUUCGACACAACUCAUGUAGUGAGGCUAUUAGGUGUAGUUUCGCAGGGCCAACCCACGUUGGUUAUUAUGGAGCUCAUGGCUCACGGUGAUCUGAAGUCGUAUCUUCGAUCGCAUAGGCCGGAUGCUGAAAACUACAAUCCGGAACUGAUAAAGCAACCGCCGACGUUGAAGCAGAUCCUUCAAAUGGCGAUAGAGAUAGCGGACGGCAUGGCGUAUUUGACGGCAAAGAAGUUCGUGCACAGGGAUCUAGCAGCCAGGAACUGCAUGGUUUCGGAGGAUCUUACUGUGAAAAUCGGAGAUUUCGGGAUGACGAGGGAUAUUUACGAAACGGAUUACUACAGAAAAGGCACGAAAGGACUACUGCCGGUCCGUUGGAUGGCCCCCGAGAGUCUCAAAGAUGGCGUCUUCACCAGCAGCAGUGACGUAUGGAGCUAUGGAGUGGUACUGUGGGAGAUGGCUACGUUGGCCUCGCAGCCGUACCAAGGACUUUCCAACGACCAAGUACUCAGGUAUGUCAUAGACGGUGGGGUCAUGGAACGACCUGAGAACUGCCCGGACAAGUUGUAUACGCUCAUGAGGUACUGCUGGCAGCACAAGCCUUCAGCUAGGCCGACGUUCCUUAAAUUGUGUCAGUUGUUGUUGGACGAUGCAUCGGCGCAGUUCGCGCAGGUGUCGUUCUACCACAGUCCGGCCGGCGCAGAGGCCCGCGCUUCACGGCCAACCCCCUCCCCUAACCAGGAGGAGCAACUCACGCCGCUGAAGCGCGUCUCGGACCGCCUUCGCGGCUACACGUCCUCCGAGUCGCAUGAAUCGGACGAAUUGGACAUCGACACCCACCACCAGUUUCCCAGCAUCACGGAGGGGGGCAUCCGAGUGGGGGUGACGCAGACGGCCAACGGCUACGUCAGCGGCUGUCCGACCAAUGGCGGGGCGGCAGGGAACACCACUCAGUGCUAGCCACAUAUCAUGAGGUGAUUCGGAGGAGGGGUUACAGUGGAGGGGCAUGGGUGGGGGCAGCUGCUUAUACAGGGUGUUCCAGAAAGACGUGCCGAUAUUUCUAGGGUAAAAAGUACAUCCAAAUGCAACAAAAAAGUUGAGAGUUUUGCCAAACCGCUGUGGAUCGGUUGCAGAAACCAGUUAAUAGGACUGUUCUCUCAGUAACGGUAUAAUUUAUGGAAUUAAAAUAUUUUCUUUUUCAGUUUGCAAAAAAAUAUUUUUUUAAUCCAGAUGAUUUAUACAUGCAGUGUCGUUUUCCAGUGGCAUCCCGUUUCUUCGUAGAAAUAUUGGACAUUUUUCGAGGAAACUUGUAUUAUUUUUUAUAUUUCCUAUGUAUGCGUGAGGUUGCUCACUUAUUUUUGGGAUACCCUGUAUGCCGUUCGUCCUAUCCAUAAACCUUUCACUCCAUUUUGGACUCAGUUUUGGGAGGGAUACUAUUGUGGGUAUUGCCGGUAUGCGUGUACGAAUUUUUCUUUCACAUCAUUUUUGAUGCCAGUGAUUUUACUUGAUAAAUCGUGUGAAACUGCCAUGUAACAUAAGCAUUGAUUGUAAAUAAAAAAAAGUGUACUCAAAUAUUCGUUCUCAAAAUAAGUAUUCUCAGGGUGCGUUCCAGACUUUUGAAAUUUUUUCAAAAAUUUGGGAGUUCCUUCUCAAUAUGUUGAAAGAUCUGGCCACACUGUAGUCUCGCCCUUACAUCAGUAUUUCAUUUUUUUUUCAUUGUAUACCACGAAUGCCUCAAAAUAAUCAUUUGAAUGCUGACGCAGCUUUUAUUAUGUUGUAUAAAAUGAUUCACAUAUAUUCCUGAGGAAGUUCCUAAUCGUAUAUGCCAAAAACACACUAACGUAAUUCAGCCAAAUUAUAAGCCAUUCAUUUUAAACGUAGUAACACUUGCUCAAUAAAUAGUAACUAAUUUACUAACGACUUGGUUCAGGCGAUUCUCACCUUAACUUUAUUGUUGCGAUCUAUAAAAAUUGUACACUUUGCCAAUAUAGUGUAGUGGAAUUAACUGAUGGUUCACAAAAAUUGAGUUCUGUUCAGUACAAAAUUUCCUCAAAACUGGUUCAGACCAAUCAAUAUUUAGUCCAGGAAGUAUCUUCGCAUCUGCCAGGAAAAAUAUUUUGAUUCGGUUUUGUACAAAAUUUUUCAAAAUGCCCCAUUUAACGAAUCUGCAAAAAAAAAUUUUUAUAGCUUUUUUGGGUCAUUCUGAAUCAAGAAGUUUCUUACGAACCAUUCUCUAAAGUCGAUAGUUUUCGAGAUUUAAGCAAUUUACUAAUUAAAAAAUUUUGAGUCAAAAGAAGCAGUAUGAAAAAUCCAAAAUCAUAAAGUUG